GCUAACGUUGUUAACGAGUGGCCGUUUAAGACUUUUGUUUUGAAGCGCGCGCUGAUUGGCGGUGGUUUUAAAAAAUAUCUGUUGCGUUUUUCACCGUCAGUUCAUAGCAACAAAACACAACCGACUGCCUUUUAGUUUAUAUCCGGAGAAGUAAAUAUACACUUCAGUAACUACUACCAGACUUUAGCUUUCUUUAUUUUGUCUGUAGUGCGUUAGGUACAUUUAUAGCUAAUCUGAGUUUUUUUUUUUUUAAGUAACAAACUCUUUAGCACAGUUAGCUAGCUCUCGUGCUUCUUGUUCAUUUUCUUAGAUUUGGUCGCUAAAAUAACGCUUUUAAAUUGUUGUAAAAUAAUUUUACGUCUUUUCUAAUCUUUCGAUAUGGAAAAACGUGUUGCUAUAUAGGUAUAAAGUGUUAUUAAGGUGUUGGUGUUGACUGUGUUAUGCUUUUAUGUUGUAAAGGGAUGUCUUUUGUGAGGAUUAACCGAAGACCAGUGCGAACGAAGAAAGUGUCAGUUCCCAAGAAAGAGUGGGUGAGCACAGUUAAUGACCUGUCAGUGCACAAGUCUACAGCUGAGGAACUGUCCAGGCGUCACGACAUUCAUCGAUCUCGCAACAGAGCUGCUGCACAGUGGGAGCUGAGUGAAAAAUCGCUGAAGAAGAGAAAGUCCCGGCCGACCAGCCCUCCUGGAUUAGACCAGACCAGACUGCGAUUAUUCAGAGAGGUGUUCUCGGAUCACUGUGAGCUGCAGGACGUUCUUGCGCGGUCUGAUAGAGCGCUGGCGUUGGUGAAAGAUCUGUUUGGCGACGCGCCUCGCAGACAGAAAGGUUUUCCGAGCGUCACCGUGGCGCCUGACUGCGGGUCGGAUUCUGAACUUCCUGUGCUGCAGAAACCGGAUCCGCCAACGCAGCUGUCACUGCUCAGCCAGUCGAUGAUGGACCAGCAGGCUUUAAAUGAAGUGGAUGAUUCUGCAGCAGAGCAUUGGGAAGAUCUUCAGGAUGUCUCAGUCAGCUUUGACACUGAAAUGAGCAGGCUGAAGAGAAAAACGUGUAAAGCAAAGCCUCCUGUUUGGACAACAAUUCGGCAGCCACUGCAGCAGAACAUGCCUCAGACUCCCUGUAACGCAACAGGCUCUGAGGAUCAUGCAGCUCUGAACGCAACCCUGGCCGUGCAGCGUCUAAAGUCGAGGCAGUGUCAGUCCGAGGCCGAGCAGUCCACCGCUCUGGUCAAUCAGGUCCUCAAUCCUGAACCGUCUCCCACUCGUUCAGGUGGUAAGAGCAGGUCUUUCAGAACCACCAGAGGGCGCUCACCUGAAGCCUCAGGCUUUAGUUCUCAGAGUGCCAAUCAGUCGAGCCUGGAGCUGUUGCAGGACAUGCUGGCUCAGGUGGAGACCGAUCUGGCCUGCUUGGAGACGCAGGAGCUUUUCGGACCCUCGGAGCGACCCGAGCUUCAGCACGGCCGCGGCCUUACUGGCUUCUCCGCGGCUCUCGUCGGUACUCUAGGACGCAUCGUCGGUCAUCUGAGACGAAGUGACGAGGAGGCGCAAAAAGAGGCGCGGGUGAGGAGGAGGAUGGAAGAGGCGCUGAAGGAGCAGAGAAGCCUGAUUGACGCCCUCACAGCGGAGUGUCUCGCACUGAGAGAGGAAAGCGCCGCCCUACAGGCGAUUCUGCAGGAGCGGAUAGCUGAACUCGAACAGCGAUUGGACAUGGUCAUCCUCGCAAUGGGAGAGCUGGGAAAAGACGGCAACUCACAGGGCGAGGAGAAAAACACACCAGGUGGAGACCUCCAGCCUAUAACUGCUGAGAGAGACCAAGAGGAUUCAUCCCUGAUCUCUCCUGCUGUGCUCCUCUCUCCUCCACACCAGAGAGAGAGCAGAAAGCCGUCUACAGCACGCACCCGAUCUUCGCUUCACUUCGAGGGCUCUCACACACCAGGCAGCGGGUCACCGGGAGAGUCGGAUAACUCCUGCGCUCCGUCCUCGUUCGCCAGCCUGCCUGAGAGCGUCCUGCCUCGUCCCGCCCUGCUGCUGAACCAGCUAUCCCAGGAUGCUGUACUGGAGCAGAUAGCCGAGUUAACCCGUCAGAACGCUGCGAUCCAGGCUCAGCUGGCGCACAACCAUGCCUCGCCUACACAAUGCUUAGACAGAUGUGCGUCGCCCCCUGCUGGACCCCAGCCCACACAACAGCGUGUGGGUGUGGAUGAUUCCUCAGUGAGGCUCAUGGAGGACAGACUUGAGGAGCUGAACAGACAGAGUGCAGCAGCCAGGGCGAAACUGCUGGAGCUUAUCGAGCAGCAGAGACAGACCACAUCUCACAGCGCCUCUCCUUCCAUCUCCCCCAUACCCCCACACUCCACCAGCCCUCACACAGUCGUCGGAAGGCGGACUCCUGAAGCGUGCGCGUCCGUACCUGAAAGGGCCCAGACCUCUCACGCCAGGACAAACAGCAGAAGGUCAGCCGACACGGUUUCUCCACAAAAUGUAGAGGGAAGAAAAAAGCAGUCUGCUGAUACACAGGUGGAUAAACUGAAAGAAGGCUGGUUCGCACUUUCUGCUCACGUCUGAUAGCUCGACUGACUGGAGGACUGCCGCGACGCUACAGUUACACUACCUGCAUUCGUUAAUUCUUGUGUCCUUGGCUGU